AUGUCGAUCCGCUCUCGCAGAGAGCCCACCGGCGGCCGCCACCGCUUCACCAUAUCCACGUUCCGAGGCAUGCAGCAGCCCGAGCUAAGCCGCAAGCUAAGCCGACUCAUCAAGAGCGAGAACUCGGCCAUCGGCGCACACGAGAAUGCCGGUCGGGAGCGCACUGCCAUCGCCGCCGCCCUCUCGGAUUGGGGCGAGUCGACCGAGGAUGAUGCCGUCUCCGACAUCUCCGACAAGCUGGGCGUGAUGCUGUCCGAGAUUGGGGAGCAGGAAGAUAUCUUUGCGCAGAACCUGGAGGACUACCGCGGUGUUCUGAAGCAUAUUCGCAACAUGGAGGCUUCCGUGCAGCCGUCGCGUGACCAGCGCCAGAAGGUGACCGAUGAGAUUGCGAAGCUCAAGUACAAGGACCCCACGAGCACACGUCUGACAACACUGGAGCAUGAGCUUGUGCGUGCUGAAGCUCAGAAUUUGGUUGCCGAGGCGCAGCUGUCCAACACGACCCGCACAAAGCUCAAGGAGGCCUUUGAUAUCCACACUGCCGCGGUCAUUGAGCGCGCGGAGAAGCAGAUCAUUCUUGCUCGCCAUGCCCGUCGCCUGCUGAACUUCAUUGACGAUAGCCCUGUGGUCCCCGGCGAUACGCGCCAUGCAUACGACCACGAGUAUGACGCCCGCCAGGUUCUUGAGGACGCCGAUGCGGAUCUCCGUGCCUGGGAGCCAACCUUGGAAUCCAUCUCGAGCGCUGCUGUGGAAGUUCCCACUCACGUUAAUGUGAACGAACCUGAGCAGGAGGUGGAGAGCGUGGGCACUGGCCCUAGCGGCGUCGCAGUUGGCAAUGCGGUCCCAUCGUCUUCGAAGCAGCUGGAAGAGCCCGUUGCUUAG